UAUUAUUGAGAUAUUAUUGAGGUUAAACACAUGUUGUGCUUGUAUCAAUCAAACUCUAUAACACAUUUCUUUUGUAAAAACUUGAAUUUAACAUAUAAUAAUGGGUAAAAAACGUAAGGUACAAGAAGAAAAGGAUGAUAAUGAGUACGACCCAGUCCCCAAGCACUUGGUGACUGCCCACGUGAAGAAUCAAGAAAAACGUCUCAUCAUUAUUCUUGAACAAGCUCAUCUUGAAAGUGUUAAAGUUGGUAAUGCGUUUCAAUUGCUAAACUGUGAUGAUCACAUCAAUAUAUUAAGGAAAAACAAUAGAGAACCUGGUGAAGUAAGGCCUGACAUUACACAUCAAUGUCUUCUUAUGCUUCUGGACAGUCCACUCAACAGAGCAGGCUUGCUACAAGUCUACAUUCACACUAAAAAUAAUGUCUUGAUUGAAAUCAAUCCACAAACAAGAAUUCCAAGGACUUUUAAGAGAUUUGCUGGCUUGAUGGUACAAUUAUUGCAUAAAUUUGCUGUGAGAGCAAAUGAUGGGCCUAUGAAACUCCUGAAAGUGAUUAAGAAUCCUAUCACACUUCAUCUGCCAGUUGGUGCAAGAAAAGUUGCUAUGUCUUUUUCCUCAAAUAAGGUAUUAAACUGUAGGGAAUUGGUGCCUAAAGGUGAGGACCCAAUUGUGUUUGUGAUUGGUGCAAUGGCGCACGGCCAUUUGGACGUGGACUACACAGAAGACACGAUUUCGAUUAGUAAUUAUCCGCUGAGCGCUGCUUUGACGUGCACCAAGUUGUGCAGUGCGUUUGAAGAAGUCUGGGGCGUUUUAUAGUCUAAAAUAUAUUAAAAACAAAUGAAAAGUUGAA